UAUGAAGAAGAAGACGAGGAGGAGGCCACGACGAUGGAGGACGAGGAGGAGGAAGAAGAAGAGGAGGAGGAGGAGGACGAGGCAGCAGCGAUAGAAGAGGACGAGGAUCGAAGGAGGAGGAGGAAGAGGGGGCCCUGACAAUGGAGGACGAGGAGGAAGAAGAAGAUGAGGAGGAGGAGGAGGCUGCGGCGAUGGAGAAGGACAAGGACGGGGAGGAAAAGGAGGAGGAGGAGGAGGAGGAGGAGGAGGAGGAGGAGGAGGAGGAGGAGGAGGAGGAGGAGGAGGAGGGGGAGGAGGAGGAGGAGGAGGAGGAGGAGGAGGAGGAGGAGGAGGAGGAGGAGGAGGAGGAGGAGGAGGAGGAGGAGAGGAGGAGGAUGAGGAGGAAGAGGAGAAGGAGGAGGAGGAGUGUGAGGGGGGCGAAGUAGGGGAGGGUAGACGACAAUUUCAACAACAAUGGCAAGGAGGAGGAAGAGGAGGCAGCGGCGAUGGAGGAAGAGGAGGAGAACGCAGCAAUGAUAGAGGAGGACGAGAAGGCAGAGGAGGAGGAGGAGGAGGAGGCUGCAGCGGAGCAGGUGGUGGAGGAGGAGGGGGAGGAGGUGAAGGAGGAGGAGGAGGAGAGGAAGAGGAGGGGGGAGGUGGAGGAGGAGGAGGAGGAGGAGGAGGAGGAGGAGGAAGUGGAGGACGAGGAUGAGGAGGAAGAAGAAGAGGAGGAGGAGGCCACGGUGACCGAGGAGGAGGAGGAGGAGGAGGAGGAGGAGGAAAAAGGAGAGGAGGAUGAGGAGGACGAGGAGCAGGAGGAGGGGGAGGAGGAGGAGGAGGACAAGGAGGAUGAGGAGGAGGAAGAAGAGGAGGGGGAGGAGGAGGAGGAGGAGGAGGAGGAGGACAAGGAGGAGCAGGUGGAGGUGGAGGAGGAGAAAGACGACGAGGACAGUGACGAGGAGGAGGAAGAGGAGGAGGAAAAGGAGGAGGAGGAGGAACAAAGGAAGGAGGAAGAAGAGGAGGAGGAGGAGGAGGAGAGUGAAGUGCGAAAGGGAGAAAACAAGGAGGUGGAGGAGGAGAAGAGGAGAAGGGAAAGGAGGAGGAGGAGGAGGAGGAGGAGGAGGAGGAGGCUAACCUAGCACUCAGUGGCGAUGGCGCGUGGGGUUGCGCUGGACGGCAUUGGAGUUCG